UUGUGGACAGUUUGAUUUGUUUUGAAGGGCCGAGAGGGAGACAUGGCGGCGCUCAUUGACCUGCUGCUCCAGGCCAAAAUAUGUCCCGCUGACCUGCUACUGUGGCUGGACGGGGCGCCGGCGGAUGGCAUUUCCAAGGAGCUUGAACCCCUGAGGGUGGAGUUUGUGCCGGUGUUCCUGAACUACUUGCGGGAGCAGUCAAGCAGUGUGUUACAGAGCAGUUCAGAGGGUGGAGUCACCCCUAACAAGGUCCCCAGCUCAGUGCGAGUCACCAAGUAUGUCUCUCCCAACAAGCGCCCACCUGGCAGAGGCCAGCGCCGCCACAACCCUGCCCCCUCACGCGCCAAGACCCUUACCUUUGUGGAUACCUCCAAGGAUAAUGCAAGCCCCUCAGAGGAGAGCAAGGUGCCGGCUUUGGAACACAUACUACGAGAUUCCUUUGGCAUAGGUGACAGCCAGAGCCAAGGGUGGGCCAGUGCUGGGGCCAGAGUGUCGCCCCAGGAGCGCCCCGCCCGGAACAAGCGCCACAGCUCUGGCGGGUCUGAGCACCGCGGGGGGAAGUGGGGCCACCACGGGGAGGGGAAGCACAGUGAGCAGCGGCUAGUGCUGGGGGACUUCAUAUCCCCAGAGGUGAAGCUGAACACCAAGAAGAAGACCCCUCACCAGGACCUGACCAGCCCCCAGGGUUCCGGCAGGUCAGGGGGAGGCAGCUGGUCACUCCGCAGGCAGGAGUCCCCUCAGGUGCUGGACUUGAGUGACCAGGAUGCCUUCCCCGUCAUAGGAGCAGCGCCUACCCCACAGGACCGACAGAAGCGCAGGAUAAACCCCACACGCAUCACCACCCUCAGCAUCACCAGCAGCAUACAGCAGCACGGCAAGGGACGGGCGUUUGGUGAGGGCAGCAAGGCGGUGUUUGGCGUCCCUCACUGCCAGGACCCGAGCUCCCCCUUCAUGGCUGGGGAGGGCGCUGGCAGCCACACCAUGGAGGAGGAGAGGGAGCUGCUGCGGCAGGUGCGCCUUAAGAGACAGGGUGAAGGAGGAGCAGGUGGAGGAAGGGCGGAGAAGCUGGCGGCACAAGAGUCAAUAGCACAGAGGCCUGCAGAGAAGCUUAGUGACCUUAUCCAUGCCUCGCCACAGCUAGUCACAGAUCACAUCCGUCUUGAUGCCCUGACGGAGGUGUAUGCUGACCUCAUCCUCCGCAGCCGUGCCCCGAACCUCAUGGUGGAGCUGUACUACACGCUGCAGCUCCUCACGGCACCCGUCACUGAGGACCCACAGCCACAGGAGGAUUGUAAGACCACGCUGGGCACGGGGCAUAACUGUGUGUACUUUGCCAUUAGUGUGCUGCUGAGGGUGGCCAGCCUGGUGAAGCUCCUGGACCGAGGCACACUCAGGCUGCUCUACGAAAACCCUCGCGUGGCAGCCUUUUCCGAGCCUCUCCAGCAGCUCCUCCUCAACCACCUGGAGAGGCCACCCCCCGCACCCUGUCUCACCCAGGCCCCGAAGUCCCCCAUCGGUAGCGUCUCAUUCCAGUCUGAUACCGACAACCGCAACAACUUCCCCAGCGACCUGACCUUCCAGCUGUUCAAGAAGCAGAGGGAUUCCUUUUACGAGAUGUUGCGUGUUUGGGAGGACGGCCACCUCACGCCAGGCUGGAGCUUUGGCCAUGUGCUGGGCUCCCGCAUCUACAACCUGCUGAAGGCCUGCCCCAGCCCCACCAACAUGGUCCACUUCGCACGCCUCUUCCAGUCCCAGCUGCUGGCCAUGUGUCGCGGCGAUGAUGACCAGUGCCACUUCAACCAGGACCAGGAAGGGCUCGGGGUGCUGACCGUGCUCAAGAGGCAACACCCUGAAAAGUACAAGCGUCUGUACGAGCGCCUGGUCACCCCGGCACAGCUUGGGGGUCCCUGCCCGGCGCCCUCCUUCUCCGGCUCGCAGGAGUUCUUCCGCGACUUCAUCAUCACGGCCGCCAACUUCACCUUCAACCGGCACCUCAAGGACGUCCUCGUCAGCCAGAUCCUGAGCCUCAGCGAGCAGGAGUUCCUCACCAUGGAGCAGGAGGAGGGAGACCCAGUGGACAUCAUGGUGCGGGAGGAGGCUCGCUCGGUGGUCCUUAACCUGCGUCUGUUGGCCAAGUUCCUCGGCUUCCUGGAGUUCCUGCCGUACCAGACCAGCGAGCACCUGCCUGAGAGCGUUCUGGCCUGCCAAGUGGCCCUCAGAAGCAAGGUUUGUCCACCCGUGAGCCUAUGCGGUGCCCUGCGUCGGUGUGCCACGCUGGGCCAGCUGGUGGUGGGGGUGACCUGGGUGGUGGAGCUGCUGAGCAUGGUGGACCCCGUGGCCCUGCACUCGUACCACUACCUGACUGUGGUGAUGGCGCUCAGGGAGGUGCUCAGGCUGCUCCACGUGGACAGGCCGGAGGGAGGCUUGGUCUGUCCAUCAUGUGGGAGACCCUCGCCGGGGAAGACCUUCGCCCCCUCCAACAGCCUCCUCCUCAAGCUGCUCCUGGGCUGGCUCUUUGACCUGCCAAACUUCCCUGACGGCCUCUUCUUUGUGGAGGUCAGCGAGGCAGACAUUGACCACCAGGAGUACAGCCUCACACUCAGCACCCUCAGCACCCAUUAUGGCCGAGUCUGUGCCGCCUGCCUCAACCAGUCAGCACAGCCAGUCACCAGCAAGCCUUAUGAGGAGGGGAAGUCAGGGGCACAGGAUGCUGGAGUCAUUCCCCCUGACCUGAUGUCACCCUCCAAAAGUGCCUCGCAGCCUCAUGGAGAAGAGCAGACCCUGACCUCCACACCCUCAAAGAAUGUGUUGCAAGGCGCCUCCCAAUCCCCACUCAAGACCCCCUCCAAGGCCCUCCUGAUGAGCAUGGUGGAGACCCCGCAGGCCACCCCCCUCAAAGGCACUGAGUCGCAGGUGGCCACGGAGACGGCCCUCACCCUGGACGAGGCACCCUUUGUGGACCACCAGAUGAUCACUCUCUGCUGCCCCUUUGUGAGUGAGCUGAAGAACCUGCUGAGCGACUCCCUGCUGGGGGUGGCGGGGGGCAACAAGGGGGCCAGCACCUUCCGCAAGAUCACGCCACACUCGGCCACGGACAGGACCAACACUCACUUGCAGCUUCAGAUGCAGCUGGAGGACAACUUCUUCCACAACCAGCCGACGUCGGUGCGCAAGACAACCGACUUCGUGGUGGAGCGCGUGUCCUCCAAUGUGAUCAAGACGCUGCGCUCCAAGGUGCUGCCCACACUCAGGGAGGCGGCGCUGGGCAAGCUGAAGGCCAUGAUCGAGGAGCAGUUCCAGACCACUCCUCAAGGGGGGGAGCGAGUGCGGGACCUGGUGCAGCAGCGCGUGAUGGAGGUGGGGAAGGAGGUGGCGGAGCAGGCACGGACGCGCUGCUCUCAGCUCACCCACCAGCACUGCGACGGGGAGGUGGAGUCAGCGCUUGCCCUCCUGCUGCCCCCAGACAUCACCCCACAGGGCGUGGAGGUGUGCAGGAAACUGGUGAGCCGCUGCAGCCGGGAGAAGGUGGCGGCAUGGGUUCAGUCACACCUCACCCCAACGCUGUUCUGCAAGGAUCUCACGGCCGAUGCUGACCGCCUCCUCCGCCAGGCUCAGAAGGCGGCAGAUUUCCAGGCGACAGCCGCCCAGGCCUCUAGUCAUGACCUCACCCCCUCCAACCCCGAGUGUGUGGAGGUGUGCCCCGGUGUGAUGGUGGCCGACAGCUCCACGCCCAGCCACAGCCGCACGCCACAGUCCCCUCUCGACCACUCCUUCAGCUCCCCAGUGCACCAGCCCCGACAGCUGCAGCUCCUCACCAAGAAGGCAACCACUCCCCCUGAGGGCCUGCCGCUGAAGGUCAAGGAACACUUCCAUGAUGCCCCAGCCCCCUCCACGGUCCUCACCACCAUCAAGAGCAUCCUUCGGGAGGUUACGUCGAGCCCAGGGACAGCCGAGUCUUCUGGGGUGGCGACGCGGGAGGUGGUGUCAGGCGUGGUGGGUGACGUGCGCAGGAGCCUCACCCAACGACAGGACGUGAUGUUGGCAGCUCACCGGGCUCUUGAGACACUCACCGUUGACCUCCUGGUGGUGCUGGCCGUGUGUGUUCCGACACUUAUGACCACAGAGAUGCAGGAGGAGUUCGUGGCUCUGUGGCGUCCUGUAGCGCUGGGGGGAGUCCUGCCCACACCCUCCUGCCUGGGCUCCAUCCUGUGUCCCCGCACGGUAAUGCUAGUUGCCCAGAACCCAGACCCAGCCCACCAAAGACUCUCGUGGAAGAAGAUUGAAGAGCUGAUAUGCCUCCUCCUGACUGCAGAGCUCCUCACCCCAGCCACCCUCCUGGACCACUCUGUCGCCCUGCUCAGACACUCGUGGCCACAGGAGAUCUUGUCGGGCAUCUCUGUGUGCAUCGAGGGAGUCACCCGCACGGCCCUCAAGCAGAAGGAGUUCCAGGACGACUCCACACUGAUGCAGAUGCUGGACUGGGUGGGCUGGGUGUGUGAGCAGAUGGACGACCUUGGGGAAGAAUUUUAGAGUCGAGUUGGAGGUGGGAAUGGGAUGAGUGGCUAGGGAGAGGAAACAGCUGGAGGUGGGAAUGGGAUGGAUGGAUAGGGAGAGGAAGGAUAGGUGAGAGGGAAUAGCUGGAGAUGGGAGAUGGUAGUCAGGAAGAGGAAAGGUGGCAAAGUGAGAGGAAACAGCUGGAGGUGGGAAAGGAUGAGUGGUUAGGGAGAGGAAAAGUGGAGCUGGAGGCAGGAAUGGAUGGGUAGUCAAGGAGAGGAAGAGUGGAGGGUGGAGCUGGAGAUGGGAACGGGUGGGUAGUCUGGGAGGGGAUAGAUGACUGAGGGAACGAGCCUGAGUAUGCAAGGAUGUAGUGCGUUGACAAGUGCAAAUUGAGACUUGUUAUGGCUACCCCUUUGAGGGAGUUCCAAGCAGGCAUUAGGAUAGGCAAGGCUUGUCAUAGGAGGACUUGAUUGCUAGGAGGAAAGAUACAAUGGGAGGCAUCUUAGGAGCAAGUAUCAGUAUAGGUAAGGCUUGUCAUGGGAGGACUUGAGUGUUAAGAGGGAUACAGGCCAGGCAUCAGUAUAGGCAAGGGUUGUAACAGGAAGAGUCAGACAGUAGGAAGGGGGAAUCAAGGCAGGCAUCUAUGGAACAAGUAUUAGUAAGGGUGAGAUCUCCUUUGGGUUGUCAGGUUGGUGGUGUUGGGUGUGGCCGAAGGAACGAAGAUACAGGGUAGUGUGUCUCAGUGUUCUUACCUACAUGUCAAAGUGGCUGAUCAAGUGAUAGUCAGUAAUACUCUGUGAUGUCAUGUGAUUGAGUACAGUUUAUUUUUCUAUAUUUUUCAAUGUCGUAGACCACGUGUUAGUCUUUUACCGGCUUGCAUUUUCCCGCAAUAGUGACUUAGUGUAUCUCAAGGUACUUACUCAUUUAGGUACUUACAUAGCUGGACUGUCAUGAGUUUGUUGUGUAAGCUAAAAGUGGUAGGAACAUGUUAAUCAAACUAGCUUGUUAUGCUAAGGUAUACCGUGUACCACUAAUACCAGAUACCUUUGUUUGGGUUGCUUGGAGCUUUAGUUUUGAGCGACAUAAGGAGAGAUAGUAUGAAGGAUUUCCUUGUUCGGAUAAACUAAAAAUCCUUUAAUCCAAAUUCCUAUGAUCAAAAAAUCCCACUAGUACAAAAUCUUGAUGUGUAUGGACAGAAAGUAUGCAGGAUUUCCUUGUUCAGAUAAACUAAAAAUCCUUUAAUCCAAAUUCCUAUGAUCAAAAAAUGACCAGUAGUACAAAAUCUUGAUAAUGGGAAUCUAUAAAUAAAAGAACAUUCCAGAUUUCUGAAGCCAAGAACAUAAUGAAUAAUAAUAAUAAUAAUCAGUAGAAGUCUUUGAUUCAGUAAAUUUGUUAAUCUAAAUUCCUAUGGUCAAGAAAUUCCACAAGUCCAAAAUCUUGAUAAAAGGAAAGUAUGAAUAAAAGAACAUUCCAGAUUUCGGAAGGCAAGAAUAUAAAAAAAAAUAUAUAUAUAAUAAUAAUAAUAAUAAACAGCAGAAGUCUGUAGUGCACGAAAAAACUAUUGGAUUAAAAGACUUUUGGUAUAGAACUCUUUAUUAACAUGUCUAUCGUUGCCUAAGUUCUCACCACGUCUGUGCGAACAAUUACUUAAUGACUUGUUACCUUUUAUUGAAUGUACUUACUGUUACAUUAUUAAGUUUUAAACCAGAUAUGAUAUUAUGUCGUCAGAUGAAUCAGUGUGAACAGUUUGGGUCUGAGUCACGCAUGAAUAGCACUCUGCCUUCUAAAUGCUUGGGCCUUCACACUAACAGCUUCAUACUGGUGGUAUACAUUAAUUGCCAUCAAACCAGACUUGAUAUUAAGCAAGCAGGAUGGUCUCUGAAGCAUGCAUUGAUAGACAUUUCAACCAUAGAUCCUAAACAACCUUAUGGCUGAGGGACAACCUGAAGAACAUAUCAGCAAGUCAGUCAAAAAUACUGGUGGUGCAUUCCUUGCCAUCAAACUAGAGAUGAUAUUAAGUGGUGGAAUAUGAAUAGUGUUGGUCUAUGAAGCACGUAUCAAUAGCCAUUUUAAGCAUAGGUCCUUCAUAGCCUUAGAACAUAUCAGCAAGUCUGUCAGAAAUACUGGUGGCGCAUUCCUUGCCAUCAAACCAGACAUGAUAUUAACCCAGUAGCAGCGGGGAUCAUGUUUCUAAAUGGUCCCUCUAAGCGAGAAAAAUGAGAAAAAAUCAUCACUCACACAAACCAUUUCAUUAUAUAUAUCAAAGCAUUUGCGAUCAGUUUAUGCAUCAUCUAUUUUGGGGGGGUUAUAUCAUGGUACAAAUUUUGCCCAUUGUUGCUGCACGGUAAAGCCACAAAUUUGGCCCGUCGCUGCUACCGGGUUAAGUCAGCAGGUGGUGGAGUGUGGAUAUCUUAGUGAGUCCUGAGGAGCUGUGUGCAAGAUUAAAGAGAUGAAUCAAAAUGCAGUUGUUGUACCUCUUGAUCAUGUGUCUAAAAUGAUUUCUUGCUCCCCACUGCCUCCUCAAACACCUACUAAUGAUAUUAAAGGAAGUGUGGUUUUGCAUAUCUCUAGGGAAUCCUGAGGAGCUGUGUGCAAGAUAUGUGAAUCAGAGUGUAUGUAGCUCCUGAUCUUGUGUCUAGAAAGGUUACAUGCUCCCCACUGCCUCAUUAAACACUUACUAUUGAUAUAUUAGCAAGUGUGUUUAUGCAUAUCUCUGGGGAAUCCUGAGGAGCUGUGUGCAAGAUAGAGAAAAAGAAUCAUAGUGCCGAUGUUGUAACUCUUGAUCAUGUGUCUAGAAAGGUUACAUUCUCCCCACUGCCUCCUUAAACACUUAUUAUUGAUAUUUAAUGAAGUGUGUUUAUGCAUAUCUUUGGGGAAUCCUGAAGAGCUGUGUGCAAGAUAGAGAAGAUGAAUUAAGUGCAGGCAGAUUUUGUAGCUUGUAACCAUUCAACUUGAUCUCCAGUGCCUCCUUAAACCCCUCUUAUUGACAUCUGGAGUGUGUGUUUUUAUGUCUUGGGAAUUCUGAGGAGCUAAUGCAAGAUAGAGGAGAUGAAUUAAGUGCAGGCAGAUUUUGUAGUUCUUAACCAUUCAACUUGGAUCCCCAGUGUCUCCUUAAACCCCUCUUAUUGACAUCUGAAGUGUGUUUUUAUAUCUUUUGGGGAAUUCUAAGGAGCCCAGUGCAAGAUAGAGGAGAUGAAUUAAAGUGCAGGCAGAUUUUGUAGCUUGUAACCAUUCAACUUGAUCUCCAGUGCCUCCUUAAACCCCUCUUAUUGACAUCUGAAGUGUGUUUUUUAUAUCUUUUGGGGAAUUCUAUGGAGCCCAGUGCAAGAUAGAGAAGAUGAAUUAAAGUGCAGGCAGAUUUUGUAGCUUGUAACCAUUCAACUUGAUCCCCAGUGCCUCCUUAAGCUCCUCUUAUUGACAUCUGGAGUGUGUGUUUUUGUGUCUUGGGAAUUCUGAGGAGCUAGUGCAAGAUGGAAGUUAUGAAUCAGAGAGUAGUUGUAACUGAUCAUAUGACCACCACAGAGGCAGCUUAAUAUAAUCCUCAUGACCUGUGCCCUUAAGGAUCUAAUGACUGAGGAAAUCCAUCUUGCUUGCCUCCUUAAAGCCUUGCCUGCCUUCAUGUUUGUAUAGCCUAACCAUGUCACAGCCUUUCCUUAUGUGUGUGUGUAAGAGAGCUCAUUUUGUCCUCAGUGUGUGUGUGUGUGUAUGUGUGUGAAGGUGGAGGGGUCAACUGAGGUCAAAGAGAGCAAUGGACAGUAUUCUCAGUGUAAGUCAGUUGAUAUUGACAGUUCAGAAUGCUUUAUUUAUUAUUGAUUGAUUAUAUACAUUUUAUGGAAAUAUAAUACAAUGCUAUGCCA